AUGAAAGUUUUAACUUCUUUGAAAUUAAAGAAUAACUGCAAAAUUUUAAGUGCUUAUUUGCCCAAUUUAAGAAAUUUAAAAUCAAAUAACAAAACCCGUUUGUUUGUUGUACAAGAAAAUAACAACAAUAUUAUGAACAUAAAUGCUUUUUGUUCGUCAUCAAUAUCAAAUAACACAAAUAAAGAAACAAAUAUUGAUGAAAAAGUAGAUUUAUCAAAAAAACAUUGUCAACCAUGUGAAGGUGGAAUCCCACCAUUAGAUUUUAAUUCAAAAAUAUCUUUAUUGAAAAAUAUUGACAAAGAUUGGAAAUUAAGUGAUGACAGUAAAAAAAUUUUUAGAAAUUGGAAAAUUCCUUUUUCCAAAAGUGUUGAAUAUUUGAAUGAUAUUUCAAAGAUUGCUGAUGAAGAAGGACAUCAUCCUGAUAUUUCAAUUGAAUCUUUUUGGAAUUUUAAAAUUACAAUUUACACUCAUUUCAUUAAUGACUUAACAGAAAAUGACUACAUCCUUGCAAGUAAAAUUGAUAAUUUAAACAUUAAAUCCAUUGAACCAAGAAGAAAAAAAAUUACAAAAUAA